AUGCUGAGCAGCAGCUCAGAGCUGCUGUUGGACCAGCAGCAGCAGGAACUGCGCAAGCGCAAACUGCUCGAGCUGGCGCAGCCGCGCAAGGUGCCGGCGCCGCGGCGCACGUGCCGGCAGGCCGUGUGGUUCUACGCCACGUCGUUCCUGGCGGCGGCGGCCGUGGGCGGCGGCGCGGCGCUGCUCUUCCUCGUGCCGCUGUACGUGGACCCGGCCAUCUCGACGCUGGCCGCCGACUUCGCGCCGCACCCCGUGCGCUGCGUCACGGUGCGCCGCGAGGAGCUCAGCGGCAUCUUCAACUGCACGUGGAGCUCGUGCAAGGAGGGCUGCACCUCCGACAUGUUCCACUGCCUGCACGUGUUCGUCACGUACGACACGCGGCCCUACAACGCCACCUCGGGCACGUUCGUCACCCUGCCGAGCGGGGCCGGCGGCGGCGGGGGCGGGGGCGGCAACUCCACCGAGGACGACUACGAGGCCGGCUCCACGGAGCCGCCCGACGUCACCGAUGAGGCCGUGCUCUACGACAACAUCAAGGGCUGCGGCUACCCGCCGGAGGUGGACUGCGACAACUUCACCAAGGCGUACGGCGAGGCCGGCGCCGCCUUCCCGUGCUUCUACUCGCGCGAGAACCGCUCCGUGGUGCUGACGCACUACGACCGCGACCGCCACGUGGCCAUCAUCCUGCACUACUUCGCGGUGCCGUUCGUGGUGACGCUGGCGGCGUCGGCGCUGCUGUGCGCCAUGCACUGCGACUGCCGCUGCAACGACGGGCGCGAGCGGCGCCGCCGCCGCCGACGCAGCACCGUCGAGGACGCCAGGUGA